ACGUGGUGGAUUGGCAGCGACCCGCCUGCAACUGUACAACCUCUGAGCCGAAACCCGACACCCCCGGACAGGCGGACGCGAACUCAAACCCUAGAAACGGCGGCCAUGGAUUCGGGAGGCGGAGGAGGGAGCGGCGCGCACAAGGCCGCCUCUGGGUCGGCGCCCUCACCGGCGCAGCCGGCACCCAACCCCACGGCGAUGCUCUCGGUGCUCAUGAGCAAGCGCGCCAAGCUCCAGGAGGAGCUCCGCUCCAUCGAGCGCCAGGUUUAUGAUAUGGAGACCACCUACCUGCAAGAGUCUAAUCAAUUUGGAAGUGUGCUGAAGGGUUUCGAAUCAUUUUUGUCAUCCUCAAAAAACACUUCCAACCUCAAGCGCUCCCGGAAAUUUCAGGCUGACGAGAGGCUAUUCUCUUUGUCAUCAGUUACUUCUCCAGCGGUUGAUGAACAUUUGACUGGACGAGAUGAUGGAAGAGAAUAUGGACCAGGACGUUCUAAGGGUGGAACCCCUGCAAAUGGGCAAGGCAAACCGAAGAAGGGAGGGCGCCCAGGUGGACGAGAUGGCAAGAGACUACGGCCGUCCAAUGAUCCAGACCUGGACGACGAAGAUGACUACUAACUCCAUGUUGUAGGCCUACUGUAGCGAAUUAACUUCAUUUUAGCGUCUAGCUGCACAUGAUUCUUUAUGUACUGUACUCCCUCCCUCCUCUUGCAGCCCCAGCUCGGUUGUUUUGCUUGUUUGCGUCUUUGCCUCCCCAUCUUCCCCGUUUGUAACAUAGGUCAGCAGAAAGUUAACCAGAUUGUGAAAAUAUUCAAGCAAACUUUGCUCUGUCUCA